GGGUAGGGUAUUCUUGCCGAUGGAACAAGAGCUAAACGAAUUAGACAAAUCCACAGGCAAAUUCAAGGCCUAUUUGGACGAAACGUGCACUUUCACGAUCCAAAACUACGAGCUCAAGUACAAGUCAACGAUCACAGGGGUGAUAUCCAAGGGCAAGCUGAAGAACUUGAAAGGAGUCAGCGUCAAGAUUCUCUUCCUCUGGCUCAACAUCGGAGAGGUGAUUCGCGACGACGACGAGCUCGAAUUCUCCGUCGGAAUCGCAUCCGCCGAUUUCCCGAUCGAGAGUUUUGUGGAGAGUCCUCAGUGUGGUUGUGGUUUCGAUUGCGUGAAUGGAGGAGAGAAGAAGAGACCUGGGUUCGAUUUCAUCAGCUUUAUAUCUGCGUUGUUGUAAUUGAUUGAUCAUCAUCAUCAUCAUCAUCUAUGGUGUUUAAUCUGCUUUUUUCUUUUUUUUUUUCUUUUUUUUUUUUUGUGAAUAAUCGCAGUCUGAAUUUGGAAUUGAAGUUGUUGUAUUCUCUUUCUGUUUUCAUUCGGAAUACGCCUUUUUUUUUUCUUU